UUUUCAGAUAAACUGGGUGAAGGAGGAUUCGGUGUGGUUUAUAAAGGAAAGCUCCGCAGCGGUUUUUAUGUGGCUGUAAAAAUUCUGGAUCAGUCGAGACACAGUGGGAGCCAGUUCAUGAACGAGGUUGCAACUUUGGGAACCAUUCAUCACGUACAUUUGGUUCGCCUCAUGGGUUAUUGUUUUGAAGGAUUCAGAAGCGCACUUGUAUAUGAGUAUAUGGCCAAUGGAUCCCUAGAGAAGUUUCUAUUUCAAGGAAAAGAACAAGAACAGAAGCUCAGUUGGGAUCAAUUGCAUUCAAUUGCUUUGGGCGCAGCUCGUGGAAUUGCGUAUUUGCACCAAGAUUGUUACAGGUGCAUCGUUCAUUUUGACAUUAAGCCUCACAAUAUUUUACUGGACGCAGAUUUCACACCCAAGGUAGCUGAUUUUGGUCUUGCUAAACUGUAUAGGAAGGAAGACGACCACAUAUCAAUCACGGUAACGAGAGGGACGCCAGGAUAUGUUGCUCCAGAGGUGUGGAAUACAAAUUUGGGAGGUGUAACAGACAAAUCAGAUGUUUACAGUUUUGGAAUGCUAUUACUGGAGAUAGCCGGAAGGAGGAAGAACAUUGACGUGCAUGUGAGUCGUUCAAGUCAAUUAUAUUUUCCUGAAUGGGCGUUCAAAUUGAUCGAGAGUGGAGAAUUUGAAAAGAGGUUGAGAGAAACAGGUAGAGGCGACAUGGAAGUGGAAGAUGAAGAGAAGGUGAGGAGAAUGGCAAAAUUAGGGCUAUGGUGUAUUCAAUACAAUUCCAAUGACCGACCAACAAUGAGCAGGGUAGUACAAUUGCUGGAAGGGAGCGGUGAUGAUGUAAGCAAUCCUCCGUUACCUUUCAACUCCUCCCCUCCGCGUGAGGUACCAUUCUCAUCUUCCACCGAAGAAUCUUUAUCCAUUGUAUAG